AUGACUAUGACAGACGUCUUAAGUGAAGAACAGAUUGUUGAUUUUAAGGAGGCCUUUGGCUUGUUUGACAAAGAUGGAGAUGGCUGCAUUACUGUGGAAGAACUGGCCACUGUCAUUCGGUCAUUGGAUCAGAACCCCACAGAAGAAGAACUCCAAGAUAUAAUAAGGGAAGUCGAUGCAGAUGGCAAUGGAACCAUCGAAUUUGAUGAGUUCUUGAGCUUGAUGGCCAAGAAAGUGAAAGACACUGAUGCAGAAGAGGAGCUCAAAGAGGCUUUCAAGGUUUUUGACAAAGAUCAAAAUGGUUAUAUAUCAGCUAGUGAGCUGAGACACGUGAUGAUCAACCUAGGAGAAAAACUAACCGAUGAAGAAGUGGAGCAGAUGAUUAAAGAAGCAGAUUUGGAUGGUGAUGGGCAAGUUAACUAUGAUGAAUUCGUCAAGAUGAUGAUGACUGUUCGAUGA